CCUACCCCCAAGAUGUCGGCGCUUCCGUAUGUUACUAUACAAUGCUCGCCUGAUGACAUCCGGGAAAGCGCAGAGGAGCUCGAGCGCGCGGGUGCUAUCGCGAAUCUCGAGCUACAUCGCGACGGCUUCAGACCAACGAUCGAGCAAGCGGAACAAAUACGCUCUCAGGCGCUCGCUCGUGAGCUCCAACUAAGCCGCAUCGAUGCAGACAUCGCUGUGUUGAUCGCCCUCCGGGAAAGGAUGGCGAAGCAGGUCGAGAUUGACCGGUCACUCGCAUCGCCCAUCCAUCGCCUCAUUCCCGAUGUUCUUUCGGAGAUCUUCUUAUGGGCUACUCUGUCUGUGCCGAUUGAGCGUCGUGUAUUCAGGGCUCUUGCUAUUGCCGGCGUCUCGUCCUACUGGAGGCGGUUGGCGCGAGAUCUCCCCCGUCUUUGGACCGACAUAUCCAUCGUAUCUGAACGACAACUGGGCGCCUUUCUGGAUCAUCUUCUCUACCUUUCUCGCGACCUCCCACUGCGCAUCAAUAAUCGGCUUCUUAACCUCUUACCGUCCGUCAUAACCCGAAUUCGCCCCUUUGCUCAUAGGUGCAGUUCUGCCUUUUUGAGCGGUGUCACGCGAGACUUCUUGUCUACGACCCAUCCCCUCGUGGCUCCGAACCUUGUAGAUGUGGAUAUAUACAUGACGGAAGCCCCCGAUGCAGACGCAAGUUGCUUUCGCUUUCUUCAAGCGCCGCGUCUCCGCACGUUGCUCCUCGAGAUAGACGGCCUUUCCAGUAUUCAUUCCCUCGCUCUCGACCCUCCAGUAGCUUUGACUAACUUGCGCAUCACUAUCCUGGACUCAGUACCGGCUGUAUAUCUUUUUCCCAUUCUUCGACAGUGCCAUAUCACGCUAGAGGUGCUCAACGUUCAACUCCCGCAUCUCAACGCAUCACUCCCUUCAUCCGGGCACGUCGAUAUCAUCUGCCUACCCUCUCUCUUGGAAUUGUAUGUUCUCGACGACAGCCCCGCACUUCUACAGUUCAUUUCAGCACCCAGAGUUGCGAAGUUCAUCUUGCAGGAUGUGCCACAUGACUUCCUGAUCUCGGUCCUCAGCUUUCUACGCAGGGCCCCGGCUAUGCCCUCGAGUAUCAUCUGGCUCCAGAUCAUGUACCCUAGAUGCAAAUUCGACGUAGAGAAUGUGCAGAAGCUUCUGCAGUGCUUCGAGGCGCUGGAAGCGCUCGAGGACCUGCGCAUCAUACCCUCACGCUUCCGACAUCCCGUCGAGCUUGUACGCGCUUUGAUUUGCCGCCAAGACGCGCAGCCGCUUCUACCCAACUUGCGACGCGUAGACUUCGGCAAUGGUCUGCGUAUGAAGCACGGAGUCCCGCAAGCAAUCCGAGAUGUCUACGCCUCCAGAAAGGAGAGAAGGGUGAUCUGCGGGAGGACAGUGGUUGCGUUGGAGGGUCCUGACAUGACAUACGACGAGAAGGGAGAAAUGUUGUCCGAUUCGGAUUGCGACGAAGAGUGAAGUCGUUGGUGUGAUUGGACCUCGCGCCCCCCGUGGUACAGAUGGCUAUGAUGGAUGACGCUGCCCCUCCUCGGCGAAUGCUUAUUCCCGUAUUAUUGAAUCGCUGUGCUUUUAACCUCCGCUAAACAGCCGCUAGUUAAAUUUCCUGCGUGAUAGACGUGGUUCAUGACGUUUACUGAAUCCCUUCGCACCGAUUUUGCGGCCGCCUCAUUUCCAACCUUCGCCCUGAAUUCUCACCCACCAUCACAAUCGCCUUCGCCUCCCCUC